UCUAUAUAUUAGUAUUGUCCUUCUCAGCUUGUGGAAAAGCUGCUUGUGAUGAACUUUGAUUCAUCAUGUGACUUUCAUCACCACUGUGUUUGGUGGUUGUCAGUGUAUAGGUACAAAGCAGAUAUUAUUGAUUAAUUGUAAAAUAAACACUUAUGAGCCAUAAUAUUAUUACAAUAUAAACCUUUAAAUUAUAUGGUUUUGAACUGUAAUAUAGACAACAAACUAAGUGCUGUCCCAUAAAACCUACAACGUUGCAACUGCAUUUUUUUUACGAUAAAGUUUUUUUUUUUACUGUAAAUUUUACGGGAUUUUUUUUUUUACAGUGUGAGCCAUUCAUAGCUUACUUCAGUGAAAGCUUUUUUUGGACUGGGGCGGAAGUUUUGCUGAAAUUUAUAGUGUUUUCAUAGUAAAUUUAUUUUAUUUCAUAAGAUCAAGGUAUAUAUAAUUUCUUAUAUGAUUAGAUUGAUAGAUGAUUUAGAAUUUAAGUUUCCUAACUUAAAUGUUCCUUCAGGAGUGAGGCUGGUUGGAAGUUCUCGCUGCUCUGGGAGGUUAGAGAUACUUGAUGAUCAUUCAUGGGUUUCAGUGUGUGCUGCUGCCUUUGACCAGCAGGAUGCAGAGGUUGUGUGUAGAGAGCUGGACUGUGGGGCUCCUGUACAGGUGAUGGGAGAAGAUGCUUUUGGAAAAGGAGACGCUCAGAUGUGGACACAAGAGAUUCAGUGCAGAGGAAAUGAGUCUCAGAUUCACCUCUGUCCAACAUCACCAUCACUUGAAAACACCUGUUCUCAUGACAGUUAUGUUGGACUGGUGUGUGCAGACAUUAUGAGAGUAAGGUUGGUUGGUAGUCACAGUCGCUGUGCUGGUAGAGUGGAGGUUCAUCAUAGAGGUCAGUGGGGAACAGUGUGUGGUGUUGGUUGGGAUUUGGCUGAUGCUGCAGUGGUGUGUAGAGAGCUGGACUGUGGAGAACCUGUAGAUGCUCUGGGUGAUGCUCACUUUGGACCUGGAUCAGGACCAAUCUGGACAAAUCGCAGUUUAUGUACUGGAUCAGAAUCAACACUGAAGAACUGUGGAUCAGUAGAUUGGGGUGUUUAUGACUGUGAUCAUACAAAAGAUGCAGGAGUCAUCUGCUCAGGUAAACUGCUCCAUUUUUUUUUUACAUCACUGAUGAUCCAACUGCCUCAAAGGGAAAGUUCACCCAAAAAUGAAAAUGCAGUCAUCAUUUGCUUACCACCUUGUCUUUCUAAACCUGUAUAACUUUGUUCUGUGUGUAACUGAGGCCAGCUAGUAAGAUCUGUGCGAGUAAACCUCACUCCUCUUGCAUCAAGAGGCGUACUAGCGACUGACACUUGAGACUGCAGUUUUUAGCCUCUUUGUUAAAAGUUAGAUAACUUUUUACUUAUUUUUAUUAUACUGAAAAGAGUGUCAGGAUAUUCUUUCAAAAUUCCCCUUUUUUAUUCCAUGAAAGAAAGAAAAUCAUACAAAUUUGGGUUGACAAAAAAGUGAUGAAUUCAAUUAAUUUACCUUGAUUCCUUUUCACAUGAAAGACCAAUAAGGACAAGAAUAACACAGUUUGAUGACAAACAAAUAUUAUAAAACAGUGAUGUAAUGUUUAAUGUUUAAUGUUACCUUCCUGUAAGGCUUGACACCACACUGGUUCAUCUGAUGUGCUAUUAAAAUGUGUAAAUGAUAUCAAGAGGUGGAUGGCAAACAAUUUUUUGCAGCUAAAUGAGGAUAAAACAGGUUUUAAUUCUAGGUUGUCCUGCAAACUCCUCUCUUGCUCUGGAAGCCCAGUUAGGUCCUCUUUCCACAAAUGUACACAAACAAAUCAAAAACCUUUGAGUGAUCUUUGACUCUUCAGUAUUUUUUGAUAAACAAAUUAGUGCUGUUAUUAGAGGAAGUUUUUUUUUUUCCAUUUAAGAUCAAUUGCAAAGUUGAGGCAUCUCCUUUCAAGCAAAGAUUUAUAAGUUGUGAUUCAUGCUCUUGUAACAUCACAAUUGGAUUAUUGCAACUCUCUUUAUUCUGGUCUCCCUCAGUGUUCAUUAUCACGAUUGCAAGUUGUUCAAAAUGCAGCCGCAAGACUUCUGACUGGGUCUAAAAAGAGGGACCACAUCUCCCCCAUUUUAUCAUCCCUUCACUAGCUUCCUUAUGUUUGUUUAUAAGGCGUUGUCUGGUCGUGCACCAAGAUAUAUAAGUGAUCUUCUUAUACCAUACUGUCCCGCUAGGGCACUUAGAUCUUCUACUCACCUGCUCUUAACUGUGCCUUGGUGUCGCUAUAAAUCAAAGGGUGAUUGGGCCUUUUCUGUGGCUGAGCCCAAGCUUUGGAAUGGUCUCCCCUAUCAUGUCAGGUCUGCUCCUUCAUUGGCCAUUUUUUAAUCUUCUCUUAAAUUGUAUUUUUGUUCUUUAGCGUUUG